GGCCUUCGACGCCCUGACCGCCGGGCAGUCCAUGCUGGCGGAGCACACUGCGGCGGACGGCUCGUUCCACUGGUAGAGAGGCUGCGGGCGCGGCGCUGUGGCGCCCACCCUCCUUCACCCUUGCUCGCGUGGAGGCCCCCUCGCACUUGGAGGCGGAGGGGCGAGCUGACACGCAGCAGGGUGUGUCUCGGUGUGAGAGAUCCGCUCACCCCCCGGCCCAUGCACACGAUACACGGGGGGG